AAUAAGAUGGACAGGAAGAAAACUUUUAAGAAGCAGAGGGCGCUUAAGAAGGAAGUGGAGGAAAGAGUACUAAAGAAGGAGGGGAUGCAUGAGAAUAAGGUUGUGAAGACCUUUGGAGUGCUGGAUAUUGACCAAGUGUUCCUGUCGGGGUGUAUACCUAAUGAUUUGAGAUUAAUGAAGGUGUUUAUUAGAGAUAGUAUGAGGAUUCCGAAAUGCAAGACUAAGGUUAUACUCUAUAUAGGGUUUUAUAGGUAUUAUAAAGUGUUUAGUAGAUUUAUCUCAAAGUGUUGUUCGAUGGCCUUGGAUCAGUUCGCUCUUAAAUUACCAGGACAAGUCUUUUAUUCAAGUAGAACAAUUCCUAUCGAUUUAAGAAUCAUCACCAGAAUCGCUAAUCUUGUUACCAAAGAGUUUCAAUUAUCAAUGGUGAAACUUCCUUUCAGGUCCUUCCACAAACUGUUGUUCUCCUUCCGGCACUUGGAAUCAGUAACAUUCGAUUGAUGAUCUUUCUCUUUAAAUAAUGAAAGAGCAAGACCAAAGCUAAGAGUUCCUUCAGAGAAAGCCUGUAUUAUUCAGUCUAAGCUAAAAUAAAAUCAUUUUUGAAGAUUGCUAUUUUGAUGACCAGACUUUAGCAACAAGAAGCAAUAAUGGAUGGUAUUAUACAAACUCUUAUUCCACUCAACAACAGCUAUUCUGUAGAACCCUCUCAUGAAUAAUGGAUUCACCUGUUUCAAGCUCUCUCAAGACUAUUUUUUAUAAAUCUUUUUGAACUAUAGUACCAGAACUGCCUGACGAAAUCUCUCUGAAAUUUCCUAAAGUAACUUUUAGAGUAAGCAGAAAAGGUUUCAUUUUAGAGCUUUAAAGCAAUUAUCU